AUGGCACUCCGUACAGCCACAUCGCUGUUCCAGGCGCCAUCUUUGUUCUGUUGCAGUUGUGCCUCUUCCAGCGCGGAAACUUGCCGUGCCAUCCGGCUGUCCUUAGCUAUUGAAUGUCCACCUCUUCGAGCCGCCCGUGGCCUUGCACCAGUUGGCCUGACGUGUGGUAACGGGAGAUGGGUGAAGCCGCCCCAGGCGCUGUGA